AUGGAGAACGAUCUUAAAAGCAACGAAACCCCUUUGUUAUCUUCCAAAAAAACUUCAAAGCUUCAAACUUUGGGGAAUAUCAUUGUCACUGUUGUUGGAACUGGUGUUUUGGGUUUGCCCUUUGCUUUUCGGAUUGCUGGUUGGGUUGCGGGGUCGCUUGGUGUCGCUAUCGUUGGCAUUUCAACCUACUAUUGCAUGCUCCUUCUUGUUAAGUGCAGAGAUAAGUUGGCAAUAGAAGAACCAUUAGUGGAGUCAAGAUCAUAUGGAGACCUGGGUUAUAGAUGCUUUGGAACCUUGGGUCGGUAUCUGACCGAAGUUGUACUCGUGGUAGCACAAUGCGCAGGGUCUGUUGCAUAUUUGAUAUUUAUUGGGCAAAACCUUGAUUCUGUAUUCCAAAGAAAUGGACCCUCGGUUACCACUUACAUAUUUAUGCUAGUACCAGUUGAAAUUGGAUUGUCAUGGAUAGGGAGCUUAUCAUCUUUAGCACCAUUUAGCAUUUUUGCUGACGUGUGCAAUAUCCUAGCUAUGGGAAUUGUAGUGAAGGAAGAUGCACGACAGGCCUUAGAAGGUGGACUUCCAUUUGGGGAAAGGACGGCAAUCACAUCGAACAUUGGGGGAUUACCAUUUGCAGCAGGCAUGGCCGUUUUCUGUUUUGAGGGAUUUGGAAUGACACUAGCCCUAGAGAAUUCUAUGCGGGAUAAAUCUAAAUUCCCAAAAUUGCUGGCUCAGACUUUUAGUGGGAUUACACUUGUAUACAUUCUUUUUGGGUUAUGCGGUUACAUGGCUUUUGGUGAAGAAACUAAAGACAUUGUGACCCUUAAUCUCCCUAGAAAUUGGUCAUCGCUUACCGUACAGGUAGGAUUAUGCCUGGGGCUUAUGUUCACAUUCCCAAUCAUGUUACACCCAAUAAAUGAAAUUGUGGAAGGAAAACUCAAAAUCAUCCACAGAAACAACAACAACAACGAUGAUUCAACAGAACCAGGAAAAACUACAAUAUACACCAGUCGGGCUAUUGUGGUGGUUCUUCUGGCUGUCAUUGCUUCAUUUGUGCCAGAAUUCGGCAUAUUCGCUUCAUUUACGGGAAGUACCCUGUGUGCUGCGCUCUCAUUUGUUUUGCCAGCCACAUUUCACCUAAAACUAUUUGGCUCUUCUCUACGCAUGUGGCAAAUAGUCCUAGAUUUUAUUGUAUUAUUCAGUGGAGUAUUUUUCGCAGUUUAUGGAACUUACAAUACAAUUGUUGGAGUUUGA